AUGUCCGGGCGCAAGAUCUCCUCGGAGUCCUUCAGCUCGCUGGGCUCGGACUGCCCGGAGACCAGCCCUGAGGAGGAGGGCGAGUGUCCCCUGUCCCGCCUCUGCUGGAACGGCAGCCGCAGCCCCCCCGGCCACGCCGACACCCCCUUCGCCGCCGCCGCCACAGCCGCCGCUGCCGCCGCGGCCAGCGCCGGGGCUCGCCGCGCUCUCCGCCGGCGGCGGGUCAACCUGGACUCGCUGGGCGAGAGCAUCCGCCGGCUAACGGCCCCCGCGCCCCAGACCAUUCGGCAGACUCUUCAAAGGACACUGCAGUAUUUUGAGCAUCAAGUUAUUGGUUACAGGGAUGCAGAGAAGAACUUUCACAACAUAUCGAACAGAUGCUCCUAUACAGACUGCUCUGGCAAUGAAGAAACUGAAGAUGUCUCAGGAAUUCUCCAGUGCACAGCAAAUGUACUUGGUUUGAAGUUUGAGGAAAUGCAAGAAAAGUUUGGGGAGGAAUUCUUCAAUAUCUGCUUUGAUGAGAAUGAAAGAGUUCUUCGAGCUGUAGGUGGGACCCUUCAAGAUUUCUUCAAUGGCUUUGAUGCUUUGCUGGAGCACAUUAGAACUUCAUUUGGAAGACAGGCCACUCUGGAAUCCCCGUCUUUCCUAUGCAAAGAGCUCCCUGAAGGAAAUUUCAUGCUUCAUUACUUUCAUCCACAUCAGAUUGUGGGAUUUGCAAUGAUGGGAAUGAUAAAGGCAGCAGCAAAGAAGAUAUACCACUUGGAAGUUGAAGUAGAACAGGUCACAAAUGAUAAGUUGUGUUCAGAGGGGACAAACACAGGUAACUGCAGUUGUCUGACUUUCCUUAUCAAAGAACAUGAAAAUGCAAAUAUCACAAAAGCACUUCCACCAGGAACUUCCCAUUCCCCCUUAGACCUGAGGAUUAGCAUCAGCACCUUCUGCAGAGCUUUCCCCUUUCACCUGAUGUUUGAUCCAAACAUGCUGGUUCUCCAGCUUGGAGAAGGUCUUAGGAAGCAGCUCAGAUGCGACACUCAUAAAACUCUGAAAUUCCAAGACUGCUUUGACAUAGUUUCCCCUAAAAUCAGUGCCACAUUUGAACGAGUUCUCCUAAGAUUAUCUACUCCGUUUGUCAUUCGGACCAAACUUGAGGAUUCUGGCUCUGAAAAUAAAGAUAAGGUAAUGGAAAUUAAAGGACAAAUGAUUCAUGUGCCAGAAUCAAAUUCAAUUUUGUUUCUGGGUUCUCCCUGUGUGGACAAGCUGGAUGAACUAAUGGGCCGAGGCCUCCAUCUUUCGGACAUACCUAUCCAUGAUGCUACUCGCGAUGUCAUAUUGGUUGGGGAGCAAGCAAAGGCCCAGGAUGGCUUGAAAAAACGAAUGGAUAAGCUGAAAGCAACACUAGAAUGCACACACCAAGCCCUGGAAGAGGAGAAGAAGAAAACAGUAGAUCUCCUAAUUUCUAUUUUCCCUGAAGAAGUGGCUCAGCAGCUGUGGCAGGGGCAGCAGGUUCAGGCCAGGAAGUUUGAUGAUGUUACCAUGCUCUUCUCGGACAUUGUUGGCUUCACUGCCAUCUGUGCGCAGUGCACGCCCAUGCAGGUCAUCAGCAUGCUGAAUGAACUCUACACACGGUUUGACCAUCAGUGUGGAUUCCUGGACAUCUACAAGGUGGAAACAAUAGGUGAUGCGUACUGUGUUGCAGCAGGGCUCCACAAGAAAAGCCUUAGUCACGCUAAAGCCAUUGCCCUCAUGGCACUGAAGAUGAUGGAGCUUUCAGAAGAGGUUCUUACUCCAGAUGGGAGCCCUAUUAAGAUGAGGAUAGGCAUUCACUCAGGAUCAGUGCUGGCUGGUGUCGUUGGUGUAAGAAUGCCACGUUACUGUCUCUUUGGGAACAAUGUCACCCUUGCAAGCAAGUUCGAGUCAGGAAGUCACCCUCGCCGCAUCAAUGUCAGUCCAACCACAUACCAGCUUUUGAAAAAGGAAGAAAAUUUUAUUUUCAUCCCUCGUUCCCGUGAAGAGCUUCCAGAAAACUUUCCAAAGGAAAUUCCUGGGAUCUGUUACUUCCUCGAGGUCAGAAGUGGUCAGAAGCCGCCAAAACCCUCCAUCUCAUCUGCCAGAAUGAGAAAAGUUUCUUACAACAUUGGCACCAUGUUCCUCCGGGAGACUAGCCUAUGAGGCCUGCUGCAGAUCAAAGACUUGUCAAAAAAGCACAAGCCCAGAACUGGGUCAUGACAGGGGAGUUGGAGGUUCUUUCUGUUUCACUGCCAUGUUCUGAACAAGCAGUGAAAGCUCCAUGUAAUGUCAGGCAAUAAUCAUUUAAAAAGGUGGGUGAUUGUUGUCAGUAACAAAGUGGAGAUAGGGAAAAAGAAAUUAAACAACAUGCUUCCACUUCCAGAGGAAUUUCUUUCAUAAACUUCAGUCUGGCCCCUCUAUGGCAAACAACAAAUAAAACAGAGAAAAAUCCCAACUCUCAAAUUAGAGGUUGGUUUUGUUCUGUGCAGAAAGGAUGUCGGUUCUCUGUAGAUUUGCACCAGCUAAGCAGAAUUGAGAGUCAGUUCUGAUUAUGCAUUCCUACAUUUAAUGUGUUCUUCAGUAAGGUAAUGAUGUUUUUUAACUUUAUUGAGCAAACAUUUCAUACAUAUACUGUAGACCUGUUGUAACCUUCCUGUCAGGAGGAAUUAUAAUUCAAUACAAAUAUUGUAGUAAUUUUACCUAUUUUUAUACAUAUUUCACUUUCUGGAUAAUUACAUUCUGCAUAUUGUAGGCUUAGUGAGCUUAGAUAGCUUUCAGAAGAAGCUACUGUAUAUUUCAUACAUUCUACCUAUCAAACCUUAUUGUUAUACAAGUGGGAAGUAAUUUUUUGACAUUUUAGCAACAAAAAUACCAAUAUUUUACAAAGAAAACCCCACAGCACUUUGGUAAGUCUCUUCACCUGAUGCUUGUGCAAAAGCUUUAGGUGGGCAUUGGCAUGCUUAUAUAAAAUAAUGUUCAGUAUUUAUUUGUCCUACAGUGCUGCCUGUCCAGACAUUCUAGGACAACACAAACAAAAUAUAGAAGGUCAAUGUGUUGACAAACAGAGAAGUUCUACUCAGUGGAGCUUGUUUCCCACGAAAUUAUCUGCCAAAUUGAAUUUUAGUAAAAGUCCUGGACUUUUUAAAAAACUGAUCUUUUGAAAAAUUAUUCUGAGGAAUUCCAGAAAACACUGGGAGCUCACUGGAUCCUGCUUUUCCAUAUAUGUUUUUUUUAAUAGGACUUGUGUUCCUAUUAAAAUAAGAAUUGAAAAUCCCAUCUCUUAUUAAUAAUGCUCAUCUGGAAAUUUCCUCUAUUACUGGAUUGAUUGAAAGGUCCCCUACUUUAUCUAAUGUAGACCAAAAAAAUAAUGAAAAGGGGAAGGCAGUACUUCCUAAGGUUUCAUCCAAAUGGCAGUUCAAGAUUUAGAUGAGUCCAUUAUCAAAAAAAAA